AUUAAAUAAUAGUACAAAAGUAAAAGGAAUAACGUUACAAUAUCCACCAAUUAAUUACAUUUUUAAAUUUAAUUUUGAUUAAAAAUGAACUCUUCAGUAAAAAUUAAGAGUUAUAAAAAGAUGAAUUGUAUUGAAUAGAACAGUUUAGAAUACUUUUGUAUGAUGUCUACAAAUAAUUUCAAAUCUGUGUCAUUUUAAACAAUGGAAGAUACAAUAGAUCAAGACUUAGCACAGAUAGAUCCAUUAGUAGAAACUCUCACAACAAAGGAAAUGGAAUGGUUUGAGAACAAUAAGCAAGUGGAAUUAAAUCAACGACAACCACAAACCCAAUCAUCUUACUUUCAACCUGCUAAUUUUACUGAGACAACAAGCAAUACGCAAUGGUGGAAAAAUUCUCCUAUUACAUCAAUGGAUCUAAUACCAGAACACCAAGUGACGUCAUCGAUAACAACAUUUGCAUUACUUAGUGAUCAAGUAAAUAUACCAUCACCGCCACAUGUUGCACAAGAAAUAGAACAUAGCAUUAAAAAGGCUAUAAAGUCUAAAGAAUUAAAGACAGAAAAAAAUAACAAAGAUAAUAUACGAGUUAAACACCCAGAACGAUGGAAAGUAAACAUAAAAAAAAAUGCAAGGUUAAGAGGAGAACAAUAUGUCGGAGUUGGAGGAAAAGUAGUACCAGCUAAAACAAUAGGACCGCCAUGCAAUUGUCGUAUGCGUUGCAGUAAAAAAGUAGAUGAACAAGCACGAAAAGAAUUACACAAAGUCUUUUGGAAAACAUGUACGUGGGAACAAAGAAAGCAAUACAUUGCACUUUCUGUAAAAGAAUCACCAAAACAAAGAACUCGCUGUCGUGGAAAUGUUAAAGCAGAAGAACGUAGACAAGUUACAUUUACAUAUUCCUUACUUUUAAAAGGCGAGUUUAUAACAGUUUGUAAAUGCAUGUUUCUUAGUACAUUUUCGGUUUCUGAAAAAUUUGUACGACAUGCAAUGGAUAAAAAAAGAUCUUCUCCUGGGGGUAUUAUUGGACCUGAUCAAAGAGGAAGACAUACGCCAAAGACAAAGAAAAGUGAAACUGUUAAAGAAAGAGUCCGUGAACAUAUUAAAUCAUUCCCAAUAGAAAGAUCAAUAAAUCCUAAAGAUGGAAAUGAGAAAAGAUAUCUAGAUUCUGGAUUGAGUAUAGCUGCAAUGCACAAAUUAUAUGUGUUAAAGUGUCAGGAAGAAGGUAUUCCAGAAAGUGAUAUUGUAAAAGAAAGUUAUUACAGAGAAAUGUUUAAAACAGAAUUUGAUUUAUGUUUUAAGCGUGCAAAAACAAAAGAUAAAAAAUUUAUUCCUAACAUUACUGAUAAUAAAAAACGAAAAUAA